AUGCUCCUCUCCUAUAGAGACUACUCCUAUCCUCCUGCUGAUUCAAAUAUUAGGUCAUGUCGUUCAACGUCUAUCGGGUUUCUUACGCCGGUCUUCCACGGGACCAUCACGCCAUUUUUGUCGAAAAAGAACCAUGACCAAUCUGGUCAUGUAUUUCAGGUCACUGGAGAUAUACAGAAUGGGAUGAAGCACGAGGACAAGCCUGCCAAAAAGCCAGAAGAUUCAGCAACCUAUCAAAGCAAAGAGCUUAUUGGAAAUGUUACCGCAGCCGAUUUCGCCCGCAUCAAGCCAACUUGCGAAAGCAUACCCCCACCUAAAAAGCAGUUCGAGGGACCUCGGAGGCUCUACCCAAAAGAGCCUCUUCGCCGCUGUCAGGAAUGGACCCAAGAAGCCAUACAAGCCCUGGUCAAUGCAGGCAUCCUGAAGAAAUGA